AAGUUAUGUUCUAAAUCUCGCGAGAACUCUUCGCUAACGUCAGAUUACCUUUGACACAGUUUUAUUCCUGCAGCGCGAGGAACAAGCAGCCAGAAGGGUCCAAGAUGAACAGAGCUUUUAACAAAACAAGUCUGAAACAGUUGACUGGUGUCCUCCAAAGGUUUCAAAGCACAUUGGUGGUUGUAGAGCACAACAAUGACAAGCUGACCCCUAUUACACUCAAUGCCAUCACUGCCGCAAGUAAGCUGGGUGGAGAAGUAUCUUGUCUGGUGGCUGGAACAAACUGUGCAACGGUUGUAGAGCAAAUCAGCAAAGUACAAGGUGUGAAGAAGGUUCUGGUUGCUCAACAUGAUUCUUACAAAGGUUCCCUGCCAGAGGAGUUGACUCCACUUAUCCUGGAAACACAAAAGAAAUUCAAUUUCACCCACAUCUGUGCUGGUGCGUCUGCCUUCGGAAAGAACCUGCUUCCCAGAGUGGCUGCCAAGUUGGAUGUUGCUCCAGUUUCAGAUAUCAUUGAGAUCAAGUCUCCAGACACUUUUGUCAGAACCAUUUAUGCUGGAAAUGCUCUCAGCACCGUGAAAUGCAAUGAGCCGAUCAAAGUCUUCACGGUCAGAGGGACAUCCUUCGAGGCAGCUCCAACAGAGGGAGGAAGUGCUGCAUCAGAAGAUGUUGCUGCUCCUUCUCCCGCUGGAAUUUCUGAGUGGCUGGAACAGAGUCUGACAAAGAGCGACCGUCCGGAUCUGACCAGCGCUAAAGUUGUGGUGUCAGGAGGAAGGGGCUUGAAGAGUGGAGAUAACUUCAAGCUACUUUAUGACCUUGCUGACAAGAUGAACGCUGCAGUUGGUGCAUCCAGAGCAGCAGUGGAUGCUGGGUAUGUCCCCAAUGACUUGCAGGUUGGACAGACGGGCAAGAUUGUAGCACCGGAUUUGUACAUUGCUGUUGGUAUCUCUGGAGCUAUUCAACACCUGGCUGGAAUGAAAGACAGCAAGACUAUUGUUGCCAUCAACAAGGACCCAGAGGCUCCAAUUUUCCAGGUGGCUGACUAUGGCUUGGUCGCUGAUCUUUUCAAGGCUGUUCCUGAGAUGACUAAAGCACUGGACAAGUGAGGAGAAACAAAGUCCCACAAACUUCCAUCGCACAGCUGGAGCCUGCAGUAAGAAGACUAUAGAGGGCGACCGCCGGCACCUAUAGCCACUGCCUUAACACAUUUCUGAAGCUGUGAGUGUUUGCGUGAAGAAAUAAUUUUCACCAACAUCUCUCUGACUGGACACAGAAGAACAUUCUCAAUCUAGAAAUAAAAGCCAGUUUUUAUAAAUGCUAUACAUGCAUUAAAUAUCAAGAAUUAAGCUUGUACCUACCUGGGGGCAGUGUUUUAUGCCUUUUAGUAGUACACAUGUUGUAGUUUGUAUUUAAUUUUCUGGUACAGCAAAGGACAUCUUUGGGAACACUUGACUUGUCUCUAACGUUGUUGACUGUAAGAUUUAGCUCUUCAAGCAAACCUAUAGGAUGUGUACUCACUGAGAUGCUCUUGGAAAAUAAUGUAUUAAAUUGACAACUAAUAAGUU